AUGGCUUUAUCCGUGACUUUUAUGCCCAGCACUUUGACUACGAAUGCUGUCUUGUUCGGAUGUGAUCUCAAGAAGCCAGACAUGUACGACGGUCGCAUGACCUUGGCCGAUAUUAUCACCAGUCGACUGAAAAACUCAGAUACCCCGGUAUUUCAUCCAAUGAUGUUACCGACCAUGUUUGCAGAUGUCGAACGAGACAGACAAAUCGAGCUCGUCCGAGAAAAGCUGGAGCAACUAGGACGACGGAUCGAUCGCAUUGCCUUGAUGAAGCCCGCUGUGAAAACUUCAGCGAGCGUCCGUAAUGAGAUGGAAACACUCAAUGAUGACGAGAAAGCCAUAUCCAGUCCAUUCGGUGCCCAUCAACUUCAGCAGGGCAUGUCAACUUCGUCUGGUUCAACCACCCUCACUGAGGGUAAGGGUCUCGUUCCACCUUGUACUUUUCCAGACGAAGAAAGUCUUCCGACCGCCAAGCUCUGGCAGCAAAUAAGUCGUCUCAGAGUUGGUCUGAGCAAUUGGAGAAGACAGCUACUCAAAAUGAUUUCUCACGUCGAAGAUCUCAACCGUAUCGAGUUUGCACCUCGUGGUCCUUUCAACAGCACAUACAGAGAAGAGCAAAGACUACAGUUCUUUCUCACAGGAGAGCGAAUCAGAGACAGGCUGCAAGAGCUAGUUGAUGAGUAUGAUGAAUACAUCAGAGAAUGUUCACACAUAAUGGAUGGGUUCAGCUUGGCAACUCAGCUUGAAAUCAGCCAAAUUGGUCGUAGCGAUGCGAAGACGAACCAAGAGAUAUCGCGAGUCAACCUAGAUGUUGCCAAAAUGACCCGACGGGACGGCAGCAUCAUGAAAUCAAUCGCGGUGCUAGGGAUGAUCUUCCUACCUGCUUCUUUCGCAACGGCAUUUUUCUCUAUGGACUUCUUCGACCUUCCCAAAGAAGGAAAAGGUGGAAUACUGUCAAGUCUAUUUUGGAUUUACGUACUCGCCGCGGUUUUGUUGACAUUGGGCACGAUGGCUAUCUUCUAUUUCUGCAUCUUGAAGAAGAGGGACAAAGAGGUUGAAAGCGAUAGGAACUCAACAGCAGAAUCGUUGGUCUGA